CUUUUUUCGUCCAACCCUUCCGAGUUUGGACUUCGGACAAGGUGACACACCACCUGGUACCUGGUGGUCCUCCACGUCAUCAACUUGACCCCGACACAACAUCAAACGGUCCAGAUCCAACCACAAUUUGCAAUAUUUGUGAUCAAAUCAAAUAUUCAACUUCAAGGCCUCUUGUCCUUUUGAGGGUUACGCAAUCCAAGGCUCUCCAAACUACAAUCCAUCACACACACAGUGCUUUCUCUUUUGUUUGUGUAGCCAUGGCUGGAGGUAGAAGGCGACCUGCUAAAACCCAAAACAACAAAAGCAAUAGCAAUAAUAGCAGCAGCAACAACAAGGGUAGAAGAAGAGGAUCAGAAUCUUUCUCUGUUAGAGCUGGUUUGUUCGUUGAAGGUGGCUUGUUAUCUGAUUGGCAAAAUCAAACCCCUUCUCGAGGGAGGAAUUCCAAUCCGAAUAACAAAUCUGGGUCUGUGUCUGUGUCCAAAUCUAGAAGCUUUGGUAAAGGCAAAGCUUCUGGUUCUAAAAUUGAACCUCGGAAAAUGGGUGGGAAUGCUAUUGGAUACCGAUACCCUGCGCUUGACUUUGAGAAGGGCAAUAAUGGAGAUAACAGUAUAGAUGAGUCGCACCCCAUUGUUUUAGUGGAUUCAAAGGAGAAUCAAAUUGUGGCUUAUGUAGACCAAAUGCCAUCUUCAGAGCCUCGUGAUGUGGAAUUUACUUAUGACUACCAUUCAGAUUUUGUGUUAGGUGAUGGCUCUCAUCAAGGCUUGGGAUUCCAAGCUGAAACUGAAGGAACCUCAUCCUAUGAGAAGGAAAUUAAUGCCGGUGAGAACAUUAAUGAUGAGAUAGGUCAGAUGUCUGAAGAAAUUUUGGCUGAGGUUUCACCUCCAGGAAAAAAUUCGGGGUUCUUGUCAAUUGGAGGUAUGAAAUUAUACACCCAAGAUAUAUCUGAUGAGGAAAGUGAUGAAGAAGACAAUAGAGAGUCUCUAGAUGAGGAAAGCAAUGACACUUCUGAGCCUGGAGAAGCAGUUGGAUUGUCUGAAAGUGAUAGCUCUGAAGACUCAUCUGAUAGUGAUUUAGAUAUUGAUGAUGAAGUUGCAGAAGAUUACUUAGAAGGAAUUGGUGGAAGUGACAAUGUUUUAAAUUCCAAAUGGUUGAUGGAACAAGUUUUGGAUGAGUCAGAUGAUGAUAGUUCUAGCAACAGUUUUGAUGAGACUGUAGAGAAGUUGGGUGGAAUUGCUCUCCAGGAUGCAUCUAGGGAAUUUGGAUUGAAGAAGCCCAAAUCAAGGAAGAGAUACUCUAAACCUUCCAAAGAGAAUUUGUCAUUGGCAAUAGAUGACCUUAUGCUCAUAAAAGAUCCAAGAACUGUUUCUGCAAAAAAAAAGCAUGUUGCUAGGUUUCCUCGAUCUUGGCCUCUAGAGGCUCAAAAGAGUAAAACUUCCAGAAACUUUCCUGGUGAAAAAAAGAAACAUCGUAAAGAAAUGAUUGCUGUGAAACGUCGGGAGAGAAUGCUGCUCCGGGGUGUUGAUCUGGAGCAAAUUAAUUUGAAACUAGAGCAGAUUGUAUUGGAUGGUGUGGAUAUGUUUUCUUUUCAACCUAUGCAUUCUCGUGAUUGUUCCCAGGUACGACGAUUAGCUGCAAUAUAUCGCUUGCGAAGUGGCUGCCAAGGUUCUGGAAAGAAAAGAUUUGUAACAGUGGUGCGAACACAACAUACAUGUAUGCCAUCAGCAAAUGAUAAAGUUCGCCUGGAAAAGCUGAUAGGUGCUGGCGAUGAGGAUGCUGAUUUUGCUGUGACUGAUUUCUCAAAUUUAAGAUCUGCCAAUAGGAACAGGGUUAAGAAGACUGCUAAGGGCAGUGGUGAAGCAAGUGAGAAGAAACGGAGUGGGAAAAAGAGUUCAUAUGGCAAUAAGGUUUCAUAUGCGGAUCAACCCAUGUCAUUUGUAUCAUGUGGUAUAAUGCAAUCAGAUGCUGUUGAGAUCACAGCAUUUGAUUCGCAAGAGACAAAUGAAAAUCUUAAAGAUAACGGUGUGGUUGGCUCGGCAAGUUUAGGUUCAUUUGAGGUACACACCAAGGGAUUUGGAUCUAAAAUGAUGGCUAAAAUGGGGUUUGUCGAAGGUGGAGGGUUAGGAAAGGAUGGUCAAGGUAUUGCAGAGCCCAUUGAAGCUAUCAAACGCCCUAAAUCACUUGGAUUGGGUAUGGAGUUCUCUGAGUCAACUAGUGACCCAGCUGGGACCAAAUCCGACACAGGCAGGACCAAAUCCCAAAAGGCCCAAGUCUCCAAAUCUGGCGGUGACCCAACAAGAAACAGGUCCCAAAAGAUAGGAGCUUCUGGGUCCCAAAGGAUUGGAGCUUUUGAACAGCAUACGAAGGGGUUCGGAUCAAAGAUGAUGGCAAAGAUGGGUUUUGUUGAAGGCAUGGGCUUGGGCAGAGAUUCACAAGGCAUACUCAAUCCUUUGGGUGCUGUCAGGCGACCAAAAUCUCGAGGAUUGGGUGCCAAAGGUUAGAUAUCAUUAAAAUUGAUAGAAAUUUAAUGUCUCUUAGUUCUCUCAAUUUUAUUUCUUUUUCCUUGUAAAUUAAUAGCUAAUUAUGGCAUAUUACUUCCAUUCUUAUCAAAUGUGCAAAGAUUAUUUAUUAGUUUCAUAUUUGUUGCUUCCAUGUCUGAUAGUCUCCAGCUAUCAUCUGUUCUUUCAGAGAUGAUGUGUAAUUAUUUUAUUGUCUAGAGCAAAAAUUAUAUUAUUCAGUUUGAUUGGUAUUGGUCCUCA